GAAAUUUAUAGUCCUUGUAAUUACAUUUUUGUAGAGUGAUAUCAACUUAUCAAGCAUGGACAGCAGUAGCAAUGAAGAUUUAAAUAAACCACUGUGGAGGUUUAUUACUAAGUUGGCUAAUCAUGGAGAUGCGGGGGGGAAUUGUUCUUGGAAAUGCAAUUUUUGUGAAAAAGAUUUUAAGAGUUCCUAUACGAGAAUUAGGGCUCAUUUGUUGAUGAUAAGUGGAAGAGGGAUUGCAAAAUGCGGCAAAGUAGAAAAACAAGAUCUUUUGGAGAUGGAAAGACUAGAUAAGGAGGUCAAUGAUAGAUUACAGAGUAAUGCUCCUAGAAAUGUGCCUUUGCCACCUUCUAGUUGUAGUAGUGUGCAAAUGGAUUCAACAUUUGACUCUAAGAAAAGGAAAAUGGGAAGUGGGAGUGGAAGUGGGAGUGGGAGUGGAGGAGCAAUUGAGAAAGCAUUCAACAUAUCUCAACGGGAACAUUUAGAUCAUUUGAUUGCUAGGAUGUUUUAUUCGGCGGGCUUGCCGUUUAACCUAGCAAAUAACCCUUACUUUCAUGAAGCUUUCACUUAUGCCGCUAAUCACAACAUUGCGGGAUAUGUACCACCGAAAUUUAAUUUGUUGAGGACUACUUUAUUGCAAAAAGAGAAAGCAAAUAUUGAGAGCUUGUGUACACCAAUUAAAAAAAUGUGGAAGGAUAAGGGUGUAAGUAUCGUGAGUGAUGGAUGGAGUGACUCACAAAGGAGGCCACUUAUUAACUUUAUGGCGGUGUCGGAUGGAAAUCCUAUGUUUAUAAAAUCGGUUGAUUGUUCGAAUGAAAGGAAGGACAUGCAUUUCAUUUUCAACUUAUUGAAAGAAGUAAUCAUUGAAGUUGGACAUGAGAAUGUGGUCCAAGUUAUUACGGACAAUGCUUCAAAUUGUAAGGGUGCGGGACAACUCAUUGAACAAGAAUUUCCGUCCAUUGUUUGGACACCUUGUGUGGUGCACACGCUUAAUCUAGCUUUGAAGAACAUUUGUGCCGCAAAGAAUGUGGAGGCCAAUGAAGUAGCAUACGAUGAAUGUAAUUGGAUUACAAAGAUUGUUGAUGAUGUUAUGCAAAUCAAAAAUUUCAUCAUGAACCAUUCGAUGAGAUUGGCAAUAUACAACGAGUUUAUUCACUUAAAGUUGCUUUCCGUGGCGGAUACUCGUUUUGCAUCGAUGAUUGUGAUGCUUAAGAGAUUCAAGUUGAUAAAAAAUGGUCUUCAAAACAUGGUUAUUUGUGAGAAAUGGAGUACUUAUCGAGAUGAUAAUCAAGGGAGGGCUAGGUUUGUCAAGGAAAAAGUGUUGGAUGAUCUUUGGUGGGAUUCAAUAGAUUACAUACUUUCCUUCACAGCUCCUAUUUAUGACAUGCUUAGAGUUUGCGACACCGACAAGCCUUGUCUUCACUUGGUUUAUGACAUGUGGGAUUUGAUGAUUGAAAAAGUGAAGAAAGUUAUAUACAUGCAUGAAGUGAAAAGGCUACAUGAGGAGUCUACGUUUUAUGAGGUGGUUCAUAAAAUUCUUGUGGAUCGUUGGACUAGGAACAACACUCCACUUCAUUGCUUGGCACAUGCCUUAAAUCCUAAGUACUAUAGUGAUCAAUGGCUCGAUGAAGAUUCUACUCGAGUUUCUCCACACAUGGACUAUGAGAUCAAUGAAGAAAGAAAGAAAUGUCUUAGGAAAUACUUUCCUAAUGAGGAUGAGCUCUAUAAGGUGAGUGUGGAGUAUGCAGAUUUUGCGUGCAAUAGUGGGCGUUUUCAAGACCCUCAUUCCAUUCGAGAUCGGUAUUUUAUGGAGCCUAAGAUGUGGUGGGUUGAACAUGGUGCAUGUGCACCUAUGCUUCAAAAAAUAGCCUUCAAGCUUCUUGCACAACCUUCUUCUUCAUCUUGUGCCGAGAGAAACUGGAGUACCUACUCCUUUGUGCAAUCGGCAAGAAGACAUAGGAUGACUCCAAGACGUGCAGAAGAUUUGGUUUUCAUUCAUAGCAACCUUCGUCUUCUAUCAAGAAAAGACCCACGAUAUUUAGAAGGAGAGACCAAGAUGUGGGAUAUUGGCGGAGAUGCAUUUGACACGUUUCAAGAUGUUGGGGUGCUUGAAGUUGCAAGUCUUUCACUUGAUGAGCCCGAUAUAGAAUCCGUUCUUUUGUCGGGAGGAGCGGAUAAUGUAGAUCCAUGACUUCUUGUUAUUUUUUAUGGUGAAAUGGAAUUUGUUUUUUGUUUUCCACC